AUGGGACUGUGGACAUCGAGGCAGCAGCAGCAGCAACAAAUAGAAUGUCGGAACGUGCCAACGCUCAAAGACCAAUCCAACGAAAUUAGCACCCUGAUGGCACGAUGCGGGAUCAACAUGCCUUCUGUAUCAGCCGAUAGCUCCGAAUCAGCGGCGAACGACUUGGACUUGACAAUAAGCAUGCUUGAGAACGACAUCAGGAUACUUCUACUCCGACAUAUUCAACAUAAUCACGAUAUGAUGAACAAGAUAUUAAAACAACUGGGAGACGGUAUUGAUGACACCACGAGAACAUACUCUUCGCUGAAAAAGUAUCUGGAAAAUGUGUUUGAUAGUGGUAACAACUCGAACAGAAUCACUUCACUAACUCGGGAACAACGGAUUUGUAGAGCGAAUAAGCAUGUUGUUGGAUUGCAGUCGGACUGUGAAAGACUGAUGAGAUCACUAUCAGAAGCCGAAAUGGAACAAAUCGAGCGGAACGAAGACAAUGAAGAGGUUCUUCACUCACUGAUGACGGAUUUGUCGAGCAGAGCAUUCCAAUAUUUCUCAUCUUGCAAUAAAGAGUUGAUUGAAAUUCUUUUCAACCAUGCCUUGCUCGACGAGCCAAAGGAGCAAAGCGUUAGAGUUGAUACUGAAAACAUGUUAGCAAUUUUGAACCGCGAUUUCCUACUGGCGUACACAUUCCACAAAAACCAACAAUAUGAUGAAUUCCGGAAAAAUUGCAGUCGAUUGACUGCGUCUUUUGGUUCGUUUUUUGAGGAGUAUCAGUGCCAAGAGUCGCAUUUAAUGACGUGUUGUAGCUCCAUCCGAGACGGUGUUCCAUUUGCUAGGCAUCCUGAGCUUGCCGGACUGCAACAAAUUCUAAGAGCAUUGAGUAAAGAUCUACUGAACUUUGACUUAUCCUGGUCAGAGAAUGAGAAGAAGUUCUCCAGUUGCCGAAAUGAAGCAAAAACUUUGGUGGAUGCGUUGCACACGUUGUUCUCGACUGUUCAAUCAAGAAUUGAUAGACACCAAACAUAUAUUGAACUAGGAAACGAAGCGAGAGUUGUAAAUGAUGAGAAGUGUUGCAUGAAGAUUUACGAUGAAGUUGCGGAAAAUGUGAAAAACUUGAAUGGGGUUAUGCUAAAGUUCAAUGUUGGACAUUCUCAGGCAUUCGAAAACGUUUUGAGCGACAGACCAGUGUUGACAGGAGGCGGAGCAACCAGGGAGCUUGUUCCAUCAACUACGGAUGAGAACACCACAAGGCCUGCAACCUUAAAUUUCGAGACAAAAUCUCAACAAGAUCUGAAAAUAUCAAUUGAAAAUCUCGAGAAACGGAAAAUUGAUGAAAUGAAAUUUCUUGAGGUGGAGACAGAGAAAAAGUUGAAAGAAAUUGAGAAAAAGAAGGAAACGGAAAAGGCUAAAUAUGAAGAGUUGGUAGCCGAGAUCAAGAAAAACGCGGAUAAAACUUUGGAAGAAAAAAUGAAAGUGUACAACGGUAUCAUUGAAAAAAACAAGAAGUUACUCGAAGUGGAUCAACUGAAGCUUGAGAAGGAGAUCCUGGAAACUGAUGAAGACCUGCGAAAGAUUCAUGACAGUAUCAACGAGACAAUUGUUGGGGACAUGGAGAAAACCGAUAUGAAACGGGAGAAAAUGGUUGAGGAGAGGAAGAAGAGAGUGGAGGAGAAGUUGAAGGAAAUUCUCGAAAAGAAACAGGAGAAUCUGGAGUCGGAGUUGAGAGUUGAGAAGGAGAUUGCGGUGAAGGAUGAUGAGUUGCAUGAUAAGAAGAACCAACACAUCGAUGAGUUGGGCGUCGCCAAUCUACAAACCCAACGCGGCUUGUUCACAACAUUGCUAACCAAAAAUAAAAAAUACAACAAUGACGUGAUGAAUGAUCUCAUCAAACGGCUGACCAGCACCCAGGACGAGAUCAAUGAAGAAAGCUCACGAUGCAGACGAUUCAUGAGGGAUAGAGUCGAGUGGGAUGACGGGAACCUACGCAGAGCCGAGGAAGCUUUUGAGAAUUUGAGUUUCUCGUUUAACACUGCUAGAAAAGAGUUGACGAAUACGGAGAGAAGAUUGGCAGAGAUUCAGGAUGAGAAGGCGUCAGAUGAGUUGUUGAAACAAAUCAGGGAGAUGAGAAGAGUGUUGUUCUUGUUGGAUAAUUGUGUAGCCGGAUUUUGCGGAAGGUUUAUGAUGGGCGACACUAAUCGCAGCCUUGAAGACGAAAAAGAACUCUCCACCUUGAUGCAAAAAUUCUCCGAGAUUCAAUUCUCAAGUUUCCACUCAAAAAAAGCGGAUCUUGAAACUCAGUUGAGCAACAAUUUGCCGGAUGUACAGCCGGUUUCUCCACAAGAGGAACAAAAGAGAAUUGAGCAGUGA